AGUGUGAUCAUUAGGAAGUGUGCUCUUGUAGUGCCAGUUAAUUGCACAUGGGUCUCUAAUUAGACAGACGGAGACUCCUGAGAACAGUCACCAUAUGGCAGAAGAAUGGAAUUAAGGGUCAACUUGUUGCUGCUCUCUCAAUCUCUGCACUAAUUGUUUUUCUUCUCAUCACCCCCCUUUCGUGAUCCCCCUCCAAGAAGGACACCACAUUUCAUGGAAGGUUAAGCUACUUUGCUGAUUUGGGGCGGCUGUAUUCUGUAUGGCACAGAAGGAAUGUGUUAAGUGGAUGGUGAGAAUCAUAGAUACAUGUGUAUUAUGAGUUGUACACAAAACCCAUAUUGCAAUGUGUCGUGUGUCGUUGAUUAGUACCAAUUGAGUAGUUCACUUGAGGUAAUUGACUUCUAAAACCUUAAGUCAUUAAUUGGCCAGCAGAUUUACAAUUAACAAUGCAACCAUUGAAGCAUCUUUGCUCGUUAGUUUUUCUUACAAUGCAGCUAUGUUAAGAAUGAAUUAGCUGAUUUGUGAAAGAUACUAUAAGCAAAGACUUAAUUCAAACAGAGUGCUCUCUGGAGACUCCAAAGUUUAUUAUGCAGCAAUCAAAUUUAUGAAGCCAUUUCAAAGUGGUGAGUAGAGGAGAAGUAAAACAAGUUGUUUUCCCUUUGUUGAAUACAGUUGUGCCUGUAAGAGGAGUGACCGAUUGAUUUACCCAUAUAGACAGUAAAGAUUAAGAGGAUGACAAAUCAGCAUCUGCUGACACAGCGCCUGGUGCUAAUCUUCUUGUCCUCCUUCAGAAAGCCUCCAUACUGCUCACACACUCAUUCUGGCGGAGAGGAAGACAAGGAGUGACUCUGUUGACCCCCAAGUACAUCAGAAAGGACCUGAGACCACAGCAUUGGAUCUGAAUCCUUGAGCAAUCUCCUCUCUGAUGACCGCUGAGGAAAUUAGGCUUUAGUUACAAACUUUAGUGCAAUUUUAGGUUUUGGGAUUUAAAACAUGUUUUCUUCUGAAACAACGAAUGACUUCACAGAUGGCCCUCAAGCAGAAAUAAGUCCAGUCCCAGGGAAAGUCCUGUGUAAAGUGUGUUCUGAUUCAAGCAGUGGUAAACACUAUGGGAUCUAUGCUUGCAACGGCUGCAGCGGCUUCUUCAAGCGCAGUGUGAGGCGAAGACUCAUCUACAGAUGUCAGGCUGGAACGGGCAGGUGCCCUGUCGACAAAGCCCAUCGGAACCAAUGCCAAGCUUGUCGACUAAAGAAGUGUCUCCUAGCGGGGAUGAACAAAGAUGCCGUGCAGAAUGAGCGACAGCCUCGGAGCACAGCACAUGUCAGUCUGAACUCGAUAGACGGGGACCCUAGAAAGGAGCACCUGGCCACCACACGGGAGCUCACCUCCUCCGCCGCCGACCCGCCAGUCACCUGCAGCGACCCCAACACCUACCACCGCUUCAUGGUCAGCCUGCUCGCGGCAGAGACCUGCGCAAAGCUGGAGCCCGUGGAUGUGAAGGACAAUAUUGACGUGACAACCAAUGAUUCGGAGCGGGAUCGGACUCCCCCUGACUGCCGUCUGUCCCUGUUCUCCUCCAGCUGUCCGGAGAGGACAUACGAGACCUCUGCACGACUCCUCUUCGUGGCCGUCAAGUGGGCAAAAAAUUUGCCCGUUUUCGCUCACCUACCGUUUCGGGACCAGGUGAUCCUGCUUGAGGAAGCUUGGAGCGAGAUGUUCCUCCUGUGUACCAUCCAGUGGUCCCUGUCCAUGGAGAGCUGUCCUCUUCUAUCUCUGCCAGAACCCUCUCGCACACAGGAGGCCAAGAUCAGCCUCCCCACAGCUGACCUGCGCACCCUGGAAGAGGUCUUCAGUCGCUUUAAGGCCCUGGCCGUUGACCCUACAGAGUUUGCCUGCCUGAAAGCCAUUGUGCUGUUCAAGCCAGAGACACGCAGCCUCAAAGACCCCGAGCUGGUGGAGAACCUGCAGGACCAGUCGCAGGUGCUGUUAGGUCAGCACAUCCAUUCACAAUACCCGGGCCAAAGUGCGAGGUUUGGGAGACUUCUGCUUCUGCUGCCAUCCCUCCACUUUGUGAGCUCUGAGAAAAUCGAGCAGCUGUUCUUUCACACAACCAUUGGCAGCACGCCCAUGGAGAAGCUGCUGUGUGACAUGUUCAAACACUAGUUCACCAACUGAAACAAGAACACAGGAAAGACAAAUGACAAACAAAUUAGCGUUUUUUUAACGGCAUUCUUUUUCCACCGCAAGUUAAAAAAAAGCAUUGUAGCUUAUGGCAAUCUAAUUAAAGCUACUACAGGAACUUCUCUUUUUUGUGUUGAUUUUGGAAUAUGGACACCUGUGGUAGUGUUUGUAUUGUUCCUGACUGUCUGCGACGUGUAGUCCUGCUUCUGAUUCAAUGCUGCAGCAAAAGAUGAUUCUUUAGACGUUGUAGCAGCAGGGCCGUCCAGAAGAAACAUCAGAUCUGUACCCCGUGUAUAUUAAUGCCACUGCUAUCACCAGACAUCACCAGUAUCGAGCAAUAAGGCCUCAGCAGCGUGAUGUAAGUGUUGGCUCACAGCAAUCACAUGCAGGGGAACGAGGCAAAGCUGUGGUCCUGCAAGAGACACUCCUGUGUUGCUGUGUGACACUGAGUUCUCCUCCCUCCCACAAGAGCUUCCAACAGAAGGUGGAUGAUGGCAGCAAAGUCGGAUCCAGUUCGGUUUGUGUGGGCCGGUUGUAACCGGAGGCCACGCAGGAGCCUAAGCUCAGGGAGUUUUCUGUGAAUCUGCAAGAUGUCUAAAGAAUCCCAUCCAGCGCAGGCUUUAAGAAUAAAUAUAGAAAUAGCUGCUGCUGAUGUUCUUUGUUGUCUGUGUAGAUCAUAUAAAAGUAUCAGUAUU